AUGUCUCCGCCCUCGGAGGGAGCUGUUGGAUUACGACGGAAGAAGCGUGUGUGUGAAAGAUGUCGGCGACGGAAGCAACGAUGCGACUUUGAGCAAGAAGCGUCUUGCCGCAACUGCAUCUUAGCAGGCACCGAAUGCGUGACAGCUACUCCGGAUACAUCUCUCUUGAAUUUGGGUCAAUACAGCUCUCCAGGUAGCUGGCAGCGGUCCGGGUACCCGCCGCCUCCGGCAUCGGAUGUUGGAGAUGUUGGAUCCCAUCAGGCCCGGAUCCUUUCAUCCCAUGCCGGCACUUCUCCCAGUGGAGGAUAUCAGGUGUCCAACGGUAUCCUCGAGAUCGAGGGACAGAAUUGUAUGAGUCCGGGAGAUCAGGUCACCGGGCGGCCAACUAUACUAUCAGGCUUCACCAACGAGACCUUGGCGAGCGAGAUCUCGAUCCCCACGGCUGCAUCUUUCUUUCGUACCUACUGCAGUGUUAUCCAUCCACAAUACCCGUUCCUGGAUAUCAGGGAGUGUGGAGACUAUUACCUGCGGUGGAAAGCCUCCUUGUCGGGUGGUAGAUUGGGCGGCUGGGCCGCUUUCUUUGUCAACAUGAUAUUUGCGAUCGGAUUGCUGAUCGAAUCCAAAGCUGACAGUGCCCCACACCAUAAGUAUCAAAAUCUCAAGUCGAGAGCGCAAGCCGAGCAAUCCAUCAUGGCAGAUUCUUCCUCCACGGCACUCAUUCGAAUGCAAGCGAUGCUUUUGUCAGCAAUGCUUGCGUUACAUGCCGAGAAUACCUGGCGAAUCGCACACGUCAGUGGAGUUAUCAUGAAGUUUGCUAGUCUUCACCGAUUUCAUCGUUUGAAAAAAGUCCCAAACGACCCCUACAAUACGAUGAUGAUUAGAGUGUGGUCAAGUGCGUACACUCUCGACCGCUCAGUCAGUUCAGCACUCGGUACACCCGUCAGCCUUCCAGACAUGUAUAUUUCAUCUCCGUUGUACGAAGACGGCCCCGAAGACGGCCCCGAAGACGAAUGUCCCAUGCCCUGGCUCUCAGAUUGUGCGCCACGAGAACGCCCCGAGUUAUUUCCCAACCUCAGAACAUUUGCCCACAUUUGCAAGAUAAGGACUGUACAGUCCCUGUUUAUGCAUAUGGUAGAAAAGGACGACCUGGAGGAUAGCGUGCCCUUGGAAUUGCAAAUGCACAUGCUGGAAACAUUGAGGAAAUGGGAGCAACCGGACGUCAUAGCAAUGCACAGUAUUGCAAACACCGAUGGAUAUCACAGUGCACUCUGGCUUCGGCACAUCGGCCAACUCACACGACUCUCCAUCUGCUGGGUCAACAAAUCCAAUAUUCAUUCAUACAUAGCCGACACUGCGUUCAAAGCGAGUUGCGAGGCUUGCACCAGUUUCCGAUCCUUGCGAAAGAAACGACAAAUAGCCCAGCCCUGGCUCGUGGUCCUGUCGCAAUUUAGAGCUGCCGUGACCUUGUGGUACAUACUAUGGGCACGGGCGGUUCCUGUUCCUAGAGAGGCAGAUGAUGCCAUCCGAGACUGCGGUGCUGUCCUGGCCAUCUUUGCAGAUCGGUGGCCAAACGCAGAGUACUACCGUGAUUGCUUCGAAAUCUUGGCGGUGUCUAUUCCCCGGAGUCGACCACUGGGUAAUCUGGAGAAAGAUGUACGAGACAAGAUAAAGGUUCUGGUUCACAAGCUGGACGAAAUUGGCAUUCACCGGACGACCUCAAGAAUGCUAUGGGAGAUGUCUGCCGAAAAUGAUGACCCAAGGCAGACAAGGCACUUGAGACGACACCCAUUUAUCGACGACAUUGGCGUCGGUCGAGCAAAAACCGACUAUGAUGGCGAAGAAGUUGCCCCCGGCAUUCGUCGCCUAGUGCUCGAGCAUAUCCAAAACCUCGAUAAAGUACUCUGUGAUCUUGAAAGAGCAGGAGCAACAGUCUCAAGAGAGAAGUCACAGUUCUGCGUGAGCGGCAUGAAGUUUGUUGGGUACGUCUGCGAUGCACGAGGACGUCAUCCUGAGUACUCGAUGAUCGAGAAGAUCGUGAACGGCCGUCCUGCCAGAAUGCUUCGGAAGUCAAAGGUUUUGUUGGACUCUGCGUCCAAACAACUCAGCUUUUUCAUCGAUUUCUCGACCACGCAAGUCACCAUGGAUUGCGAAGACGUGGCCUCAAACGUUGAAAGCGAACAACAGCCGAUUAGCAACGCCUUAACGCAAGUCGGAGACCUCACUUUCGAAUCAACAGCUGAAACCUUUGCCUACCUGAACAACCCUACUCCUACCGAGCGAAUCGCAGCCUGUGAAGAACUUGCUGAGCGCGUAACGAGCAAACAAGACAGCACCUUGCCGCGCAACUAUGAGGACGAAUUAACGAAAGGGCUUGCCAACUUAGUCCUUCCGAUUCGUGCUGAAAUGCAGGGAAUACGGAAUAUAAUACAACAUAUAAUGUCUAGCGGACCACGUCCUUAA